CCACGGCAGCGUAGGUGUGGCUAUCGUAUAAAACCACCUGUACUGUGGUGAACCAAAGUACAGUCUCUGUCUGCAGCACAUCCAGUCUAGUCUUCAACUUUCCCCAACACAUCCUCAACAUGUUCGCCAAAGUGAUCUUUGUUGCCCUGCUGGCUAUUGCCGCUACUACCUCCGCCAAGCCCUUGGUGCCGCUGGCUUACACGGCUGCAGCUGCCCCGGUCGUAGCUGCACCUGCUGUGGCCACGGUAGCGUCGCCCUAUCUUGCUCCCUAUGCGGCCGCCCCUGCUGCCCUGGCUGCCUACACCACUCCCUACGCAGCGGCAUACACGGCCGGCUUCCCGUACGCGGCCACCCUUCCCUAUGCUGCCGCCGCCCCGUACACCUCGCUAGUGCUGUGAGCGCAUGGAUCCGAUAUGGACGACAUUCGACCGUAUGCAAAGUAUUAAAAAAUACACACACAUACCUAAAACCUUUCGUUUGAAAAAGCAAUAAAACAUCAAUGGACACACAUACCCAGUGAAUGAUUUGUCGAACAAUUUUGUCGCUUCCUCACACAAUCAGUUCCUGGGAUGGUUUAUGACAGAGAACAUUUCAUGUAGAAUGCUGUAUGCUCUGACAAACUCUGGGUGAUUGCACCGUUGCAACAUUCCACCGGUCUUACCUGAAAUGAAAUUAAAUAAAAAAUAGAUUUUAUUACAGGAAAA